UGGAAAAUGGCGGGUGGUGCUAAGCGGCCGCGGGGCCUGCAGGAGAAAGAGAAAAAGGUUGACUGGCGUAAAUGGAAACAAGAAAAUGGUUAUUCUCCAUUUCAGAAAAAGAAGAGAAGAAAAAAUGGAAGGAAAUAAAGCUAUUGAGAAAACUGGAAAAGAAAAGAAUGCAGGAGGUGAUGGAAAAACAAAAAGAAGAAGAAAAGGCAAAGGAAGACAAAGGACGUCAUUACACAGUUAGCGUAGCUCUGCCAGGCUCCAUCUUGAAUAAUGCACAGUCUCCAGAGUUGCGGACAUACCUUGCUGGGCAAAUUGCCAGGGCCUGUGCCAUCUUCUGUGUGGAUGAGAUUGUGGUGUUUGAUGAGCAAGGAGAAGAUUCAAGGUCUGUGGAAGGGCAGUUUGAUGGGAUUGGAAAGAAAGGACAGGCCUGCGUGCAGCUGGCUCGGAUUCUACAAUAUUUGGAGUGUCCUCAAUACCUGAGAAAAUCAUUUUUCCCGAAACAUCAGGAUCUGCAGUUUGCAGGGCUCCUGAAUCCAUUGGACAGCCCUCAUCAUGUGCGGAUAGAUGAGGAUUCAGAGUACCGGGAAGGAGUGGUGUUAGCCAGGCCCACCAAGCCAGGCAAAGGCUCCUUUGUUAACUGUGGGAUGAGGAAGGAGGUACAGAUAGACAGACAGCUAGAGUCUGGUCUUCGAGUCACUGUUCAACUGGACAAGCAGCAGAAUCCAGACAGUAAAAUACAGAAAGGCACUGUAGUGUCCUCGAACCAUCCACGGACUGUGUCUGGCCUGUACUGGGGUUACAAUGUCCGCUUAGCCUCCUGCCUGAGUGCUGUUUUUGCCGAAUGCCCUUUUAAAGAAGGCUAUGAUCUCUCUAUUGGGACUUCUGAGCGAGGGACCUGUGUGGACCAAGCAACUCUCCCCUCCUUCAGCCAUAUCCUAAUAGUAUUUGGAGGUCUCCAAGGCCUGGAGGCUGGUGUGGAUGGUGACCCAAACCUGGAGAGCGCUGACCCAAGUGUCUUGUUUGACCUUUACCUGAACACAUGUCCCAGCCAGGGCAGCCGCACCAUCAGGACAGAGGAAGCAGUACUGAUAUCUCUGUCUGCACUGAGACCCCGCAUUGAUGAGGCUGUGAGGAAAGCCCUUGGUAGCUGAAGGGGGGAAAAAACACUGAUCUACAGAACUGAACCUACCUUCUCUCUUGCUUUCAUCUGCACCAGCACUCUUCCUUGUCCUCAGAUGGCUCAUUCCAAGUCAUGCUAAUCCUAAACCUAGGAAGAGCUGCUGGGGGUGAUGGUUAAAUCCCCAGGGCAGCCUGCUACACUCCAGCCUCUUUGAGAGUGAUCAAGAAAAGCACAGUACCAUCACCAAAAUGGCUACAGCUUUUUAAUAGACUCAAACAUGAGACUGAGAUUAAAUACUGUGAGUCUACACUGGUUGGGGAGCAUACUCCCUAGCCCAAACAGUGUUUGUAAAUGGAGCUGGCUGCUGCCUCAUAUCAGCAUGCGAAGCCUGUCAGUGGAUCACAUAGCACCAAGAGAGGUGUUGGAAAAAAUAAAACAGAACUCUAUUUAGUGCACUGGAAUUUUUAAAAGCGGGGGCAGUGUCAUUGGGGACCUGAUCUGCAAAGGCAUUGAAUGCCUGCUGAAAGCCACUAGGAGAUGUUUUCUCAACACCACUAAAGAGCAUGGUCUCAGUGGCUAAUGAGCAUUUUGGGCCUUUCAAGAGUAAUGUUGAGGUAGUGCUUCUGGACAGUGGGGCAGCUUCAAGAUAUUAUAUGCAAGUUAACUGAUACUUAACUUCUGUGGCUAGGAGGCGCCCCUUUUUCAAGUCACUCUGCCUGUCUGAAGAGCAGCUCUCUUGCUGCAAGGCUGAACAGUAAUAUGACCAUUUAAACUGACAUACAGCAAUAGGUACCCACUAACAAAGGUGAGUGUAAAUUUCUGGAGAUCCAGCCAAUGCAAAGAGUGCCUGGGACUUUCCUCCAUCUAGUGGACAUGGGUGUCACAACUAACCCUAUGGUGUACUCCAUCUAAACCUCAUAUUGAUAUAAAGUUUUAGCACUGAUGAAAGACUAACUCUUUCUUACAUGAAACAAUGGUGCUGUUGGACCAGCUACAGUAGGUAUAUAACCCAUUACACUGUAGUGUAAGUGCUCCUUCAUUUCUCUUCUGUACAGGGAGUGUCUAGCUUCCUUAUGUAAAUACUAUGGCCGCUUAGAGUCAAGCCUAAUAGUUUUGGCAGGAGUCUGUUAUUACAAUGUUAACUUGCUUACAGGAAGUGUAGUGUCCUUUAGGAUCAUGGGCCUUAUAAGCCAUCACACCAGCCACCAAGGAUGGAACUUCACUGAUGUCCUCACUCUUAAGACAGCAUUGAGCUUUCCUGAGGGCAGUUAGCUCAAUACCUGAAAUCAUGAACCUUAAAACCCACUUACAUUAAAGGACAGGCAGAGUCCAUUAAGUCUGAAAGCUAAAACAAUGAGGACCAGAGAAAUAGUUGGAGGAGUCCAGUCUACCAUCACAGUACUGGCUGUUAGUAAGAAACUACUAAUUUUCACUGAAACUCCAAAAUAUGGAUUAGUGAAACUGGCACAAAAUGCAUUGUUCCACAGGGAUAACAGUAAAGAGUCACCCUCAAAAUUAAGUUAAUCCUGAGAACCAAGUGGCUUCCCUGUGCCUCAUACUCUGAAAGCAUAUAGCUCAGUAAGAGCAUUUCCUUUGGUGUCCUCUUGACUGAGUCAAGGGGACUUUGGGGGUAGCAUCUAGAGAUACACCCAUUGAGCCAAGCAUAGAAGUAGGUGGGGAAAGCACUUUUAAAUACUGCACUGACUUUUUAUUAAGUUCCAGGAGCCAUUUUUAGGGCCAAACAUACAAGGGUACAACAUCUUUGGUAUUUGCCUCCUCAGGAAACAGACAACCCUAUUAAUUAAUUGCAGGCCCAUGAAAAGCUCCUAGACCAUU